AUGUCGUCCACCACCACUGUUCUCAUUACAGGCGCAAACCGCGGCAUUGGCCAGGGUCUUGUAAGCGCAUAUCUUGGUCGCCCGAACACGACCGUUGCAGCAGCAGUUCGUAAUAUCGCAACUGCUGAGUCUCUGAGGUCUUUGCCAAAGUCUUCUGGUUCCCAACUUAUUGUCAUCGAAAUUGAUGUCGCAUCUUCUGAUUCCAUCAGACGCGGUAUCAAAUCCCUGACAGCGGAAUACGAAUUGGAUAGCCUUGACAUAGUUAUCGCCAAUGCGGGCAUGGCGGUCAAGAGCUCCAAACUCAUCGAGAUGGCAACUCACGAUAUCCAACCCUUCGUCGAUGUCAACGCGUAUGGUCAGCUGGAGUUGUUCAGGGCCGUGCUUCCGUUGUUGCGAAGAUCGAAGAAGGCGGCAAAGGGUAAGUUUAUGUACAUGUCCAGUAUCGGUGGGAGCUUGACGACUAUGGACAAUAUGCUUCCUGCAGCGGCAUAUGGCGCAAGCAAAGCGCUCGGCAAUUUCUUUGUCAAAUGGCUGUCCCUUGAGCAAAAGGAUGUCGUGAUAUGGGCCCAAAAUCCCGGUCUGGUAGCGACAGAAACGGCCAAAGCUGCACUCGAAGACAUGAAAUCUCAGGGUCCAGACUUGACAGCACUAGCCCUUCCAGUAGAACAGGUUUGCCAGGAUUUGUUGCAUUUGACUGAAAAUGCCACCUUGGAGACUACGCAUGGAAAGUUUCUGGGACCUGAUGGUGAGGAGCUACCAUGGUAG